AUGUCCCGGUUGUCUCUGAAAAAUGGGGCACCGAAGGAGAUAUCAGAUGAGGACCAAUGUCCUGUCUGCAAAUCAUCUCGGUACCUCAACCGGAACAUGCGGUUCCUAGUGAACCCGGAAUGCUAUCACAAAAUGUGCGAAUCCUGCGUCGACCGCCUCUUCAGCUCUGGUCCACGCGUCUGCCCCGUCGCUGGCUGCAACCGCACGCUUCGGAGGCAGCGAUUCCGACCGCAGACAUUCGAAGACAUCCAGAUUGAGCGGGAGGUCGACGUCCGCAAACGCGUCGCCAAGGUCUUCAACCGCCGAGAAGACGAGUUCGAUUCGUUGCUGGACUACAACAACUACCUCAACGAAGUCGAGGACCUCACCUUCAAUCUAAUCCAUAAGAUUGACGUCGACGCCACCGAGAAGAAGCUGAAAGCCUACGAGGAAGCGAACAAAGCUGCCAUCCGCGAGAACGAAGUCCUCGCGUCUCAGGAGACCCAGUCGCUUCAAGCACAGGAAGCCGCAGAGAAAGAACAUGCUCGGCUACGACGCGAGGCUGCCUUGCGCGAAGCCGAGGAAGAGCGGCGGGAACGGGCGGAGGGCCGACUUGACGUGAUCAACCAGCUUGCGAGAGGCGAAGGCAACGCGGACGAGAUAGCGCGGCAAGGACGGCGGACGCUUCUCAAGAAGAGCACGGCGCGGAGAGUUGGGACGGGCGACGAGAUGGACACCAGCGAUUCGGCGGGUACUGGGUUGCAGUUUAAAGGCCUACGAAGACGUGCCCGGCCCGAGCCGGAGAAGCCGUUUGAGCCUUUCGGUGAGGUUACUGUCGAGCAUGAAUAUUUCGUGCUCAAGGGCCAUUAUGCUUGGGAUUUCCUCGAUACGGCGCGAACGAGUCAGACGUACCGUGCUGGGGGAUAUGACAUUUCUGAGUACUGUUCAAGAGCUCUGACGGAUGCCUUUGCGGGCUUGGCGGUUUUUGUCGGAGAGGAGCAAACCGCAACAUGA